AUGGCUACAGUCGCAGUCCCGGUCGCCCCGGAGUUCAACUCCAGCAUGGCCAAUGGAGGCGAUCCACAGCAGAUAGACGUCAAUCUGCCUUACACCGGCCUCGAGUACCAUUACGUCUACCAGGUGAUCAUGGGAUGUCUCGUCUUCGUCAUUGUCCCCGGUCUCGGCUUGCUCUACGGUGGCAUGACGCGCAGGAAGUCUGCCCUGGCCAUGGUGUUCCAAUCCCUGACCGUGAUGGCGGUGUGCUCCUUCCAAUGGGCCUUCUGGGGCUUUUCGCUCGCCUUUUCCCGAACCGGCGGUCCCUUCAUUGGCGACCUGAAGAACUUUGGAAUGAUCGAUGUCAUGGCUGCUCCUUCCUGGGGUUCGGCUGUUAUUCCCGACAUUGUCUUCUCUUUCUAUGAGUUGAUGUUCUGUGCCUGCGCGACUAUGAUCGUUGUGGGCGGCUCGUUUGAACGUGGCCGCAUCCUUCCCUCCAUCAUCUUCGGCUUCUGCUGGGCCACCCUGUGCUACUGCCCAAUCUCCUACUGGACCUGGAAUGCCAACGGCUGGCUAUUCACCUUUGGUGCUCUUGACUUUGCCGGUGGCGGCCCUGUGCACAUCUCAAGUGGUACCGCCGGGUUGGCUUACGCCCUUGUCCUUGGCAAGAGAAGCCGAUAUGGCGAGAAGCACGUCUACAAACCCCACAACGUCACCAUCGUUUUCCUCGGAACAGUCCUUAUCUGGUUCGGUUGGUUUGGCUUCAACGGCGGUUCUGCUCUGAACGCCAGCAUCCGAGCCAUGAUGGCCAUCUGGAACACAAACUUGGCUGCAUCGUGUGGUGUGGCUGGUUGGGUCCUUAUGGACUACAUCAAGCACCGCAAGUUCUCUGUCGUUGGCGCUUGCGAGGGUGCCAUUGCUGGUCUUGUUGGUAUCACCCCUGCGGCUGGUUAUGUGUCUGUCUGGUGUGGCGCUGCGAUUGGCUUCAUCACUGCCAUUGUGGUUAAUUUGUUCGAGCCCGUCAACGACUGGCUUCACAUUGAUGAUGGCUUGGAAGUCUUCAAACUGCACGGAAUCGGCGGCACGGUCGGAGCAUUCCUCACCGGAAUCUUCGCAUCUGCAUCUGUGUCGUCUCUUGAUGGCGUUACCAUCGCUCAAGGAGCCAUCGAUGGCCACGGCGUUCAGGUGGCCAAGCAACUCGCUGAAAUUGCUGCCAUUGCCGCUUGGUCAUUUACCCUGUCCUACAUCAUGCUCACUAUCCUCAAAUACAUCCCGGGACUGCAUCUAAGAGUAACGGAUGAAGUGGAAAUCAUCGGUCUAGAUCUGGAUCAAUUCUCUGACGAGCUUAUUGGCGAGUGGUCAUUGUUCCAGGACGAAGCUUCAGUCCGUCGGAGCUCGAUUGCUCAGAUCAACGCUCAGAUCACCCAGGGCGUCGCGCCGGGCGACUCAUCUACCCCUCAGUCUGAGAGCGUCUCUGGUGAGAAGGAGCCGACCAAGUCUACGACCGAAGCGCCGCAGUGA